GUUAGAAUUUAUGUCAAAAUCAAAAUAAGAACAUUUUCCUCCAAAAUAAUCUUAUUUUUUUUUUUUAUAAUUAUUGAAAUACAAAUUUAAGUAAAUUUAUAUUGCAUAAGAACAAACAAUGGCAAUAUCAUAUUCUUGUAAUGACUUCUUAGCAUUUCAGGAAUCACUCAAGAAAAUGAGAGAUCUUGAUGAUAAAAUCAUUUAUGCCUUGAACACAUCAUUGCCAACAGAAUCCUUUAAAGGACAAGUUGAUUCGGAAAAAACCUGCCACAAUUUGUACAGUAAACUUCAAGUGGGUCAUCAGCAAAGGGAAGAGGCAAUAAAACGGUGCAUAAUGGUUGCAGCUGAAUCGGUGAAGCAAUUGAAAGAAGCACGAGAAUCAAAUCGAGAUGAUUUCGAAGUUGAUAAGAAAUUCAAAUCUGAGCAAAGAAAGUUGCGUGUCCUACAAUCGGAACUGAACGUAGAAGACAUUGUUAAGGAUCGAUCGUAUAAAGCGUUUAAUGAGCGCUGCAGAGCGUUCUUCCAAGCUGGAACAUUAUAACAAAACUUUGAAUUAAGUUAAAAGAGAAUUAUUGACUUUUAGUUGUUGCUUUGAAAUGGUAGCUUCUAUUUAGGUUGAAACAAAAAAUUUGUUACAAUUUUUUUUAAAAUAAAGUCUAGAGCCUAAUUGGCUUGCAUUUGAAAAA